AUGAGGAUUUACAAGGAUAUUUUUACUGGUGACGAAAUGUUCUCAGACACCUAUAAAAUGAAGUUAGUGGACGAAGUCGUCUACGAAGUCUACGGGAAAUUAGUCCAACGAAAAGAGGGCGAAGUUCUGCUAGAUGGAGCGAAUCCUUCUCUCGAAGAAGCCGAUGAGGGCACUGAGCAGAACGUUCAAUCCGGUGUUGAUAUCGUUCUCAAUCACAGGUUGUGCGAAACAUACGCUUUUGGAGACAAAAAAUCUUACACUGCUUAUCUCAAAGAAUAUAUGAAAAAAUUAGUCGAGAAAUUACAAGAAACAUCGCCUGACCAAGUAGAUGUUUUCAAAACGAAUAUGAACAAAGUAAUGAAGGACAUUCUAGGAAGGUUUAAAGAGCUGCAAUUCUUUACCGGCGAAUCUAUGGAAAUCGAUGGUAUGGUAGGAUUAAUGGAAUACAGAGAAAUCAACGGAGAUUCUGUGCCAGUAAUGAUGUUCUUCAAACACGGUUUGGAAGAAGAAAAGUUUUAG